UCUGGCUGGCUGCUGUCCUGUCAUCGGCCUGGGUGUGGUUUUUUGCAGUCGGGGGUACCGUUAGCAGGAAAUCAAGCUCCAGUCCAUUUCACUUUAAGGCGAAACAAAGAAAAAAGACUCUCACUAGCGCACGGCUGAAAGUAGUUCUUCGUAUUCAGGCUAAAAGUGACGUUAGCUUGCUCGCGACGGGACGGCGUUUGAUUAGCGCCGUUGUUCUGAUGGGAAAAAGUUUUCUUCUGCUCUCGCUGACUGCCCUGAUUUGUUAAAUCGUUUUUUUAAACAUAAAAGCUGAACCGGACGUGAAAGAAAGGAAAGAUGCCGAAAACGAUUAGUGUAAGAGUCACCACGAUGGAUGCUGAACUGGAGUUCGCCAUUCAGCCGAAUACAACAGGAAAGCAACUCUUUGACCAGGUUGUCAAGACCAUUGGGCUCCGGGAGGUUUGGUACUUUGGACUCCAGUACCAGGAUACAAAGGGUUUCUCUACAUGGCUCAAGCUCAAUAAGAAGGUGACAGCCCAGGAUGUGAGGAAGGAAAGCCCGCUGCUGUUUAAGUUCCGUGCCAAGUUCUACCCUGAGGAUGUGUCCGAGGAGUUAAUCCAGGAUGCCACACAGCGGCUGUUCUUCCUGCAGGUGAAGGAGGGAAUCUUAAAUGACGACAUCUACUGUCCUCCAGAGACAGCAGUGCUGCUGGCCUCCUACGCCGUGCAGGCCAAGUACGCCGACUACAACAAGGAAGUCCACACACCAGGAUAUCUGUCCAGUGAACAGCUGCUCCCUCAGAGAGUUCUGGACCAGCACAAACUCAACAAGGACCAGUGGGAGGAGAGGAUUCAAGUGUGGCAUGAAGAACACAAGGGCAUGAUGAGAGAGGAAUCCAUGAUGGAGUAUCUGAAGAUCGCUCAGGAUCUCGAGAUGUACGGAGUCAACUACUUCAGCAUCAAGAAUAAGAAAGGAACAGAGCUGUGGUUGGGAGUGGACGCUUUGGGGCUCAACAUUUAUGAACAGAAUGACAAAAUGACACCCAAAAUUGGAUUUCCUUGGAGUGAAAUCAGGAACAUUUCCUUCAAUGACAAGAAAUUUGUCAUUAAACCAAUUGACAAGAAAGCACCUGACUUUGUAUUCUACGCUCCCAGACUGCGCAUCAACAAGCGCAUUCUGGCUCUGUGCAUGGGCAACCAUGAGCUGUACAUGCGCCGCCGCAAACCUGACACCAUCGAAGUGCAGCAGAUGAAGGCUCAGGCUCGGGAGGAGAAGAACCACAAGAAGAUGGAGAGAGCUCUGCUGGAGAAUGAAAAGAGGAAAAGAGAACUCGCAGAAAAGGAAAAGGAGAAGAUUGAAAGGGAAAAGGAGGAAUUAAUGGAUAGAUUAAAGCAGAUCGAGGAUCAGACGAAAAAAGCCCAGCAAGAGCUGGAGGAGCAAACGCAGAGGGCUCUGGAGCUGGAGCAGGAGAGGAAGAAAGCUCAGGAGGAGGCUGAGCGCCUGGAGACCGAGCUGAGGGGUGCUGAGGAUUCCAAGGUGGCACUGCUGCAACAGUCCGAGAACCAGAUGAAGAACCAAGAGCACCUGGCCACAGAGUUGGCUGAACUGACUUCAAAGAUUUCUCUCCUGGAGGAUGCCAAGAAGAAGAAGGAGGAUGAGGCGAUGCAGUGGCAACAGAAAGCGACCACGGUGCAGGAGGACCUGGAGAAGGCCAAAGAAGAGCUCAAAAACAAAGUGACCGCGGCUCACGUUCAGGAGCCCCUCAACGCAGAGAACGAGCACGACGAGAACGACGAGAGCAGCGCCGAGGCCAGCGCCGAGUUCACGGCUGCCGCCACGUACAAGGACCGCAGCGAAGAGGAGCGCAUGACCGAGGCCGAGAAGAACGAACGUUUGCAGAAACACCUACUCGCUCUGAGCUCAGAGUUGGCCAACGCUCGGGACGAGAGCAAGAAAACGGUGAAUGACAUGAUCCACGCGGAGAACAUGCGAGCGGGGCGAGACAAGUACAAGACCCUCCGACAGAUCCGGUCAGGAAACACCAAACAGCGCAUCGAUGAGUUCGAGUGCAUGUGAUGUCUGCGCCCACCCAUGCAAGAGCCCACACAGCUGGGCCAUUCUGCCUGGACUGCAGUCCUGCCUCACUCAAGCUGUUUCCUCUGUACCCAAAUAAAUCAGAUCCACAGCACGACGUGGUUGCACAAGCACAGCACAAUGUACAAAUAUGGAUCUGGAACACUCCAUUUGUUAUCAUACCUAACUUUGAAUUUAGGCAAGUCACUGGUUGAAAAGGGACAUACUGUAUUUUAUUAGUUCAUUCCUCUCAAGGGGUUUAUGUAGCAUAUUAGUAGUGGGCUCCCGUCUCAUUUCAUGACACAUUGAGUCAGCAUUUUUAAUUUCUUUAUAUGUUUUUGUCACAUUUUUGGAUCACAGUUUCCAAAUAAAAGGCUCAGAGAUGGAUCCAAAUUCCAGUUCGUCAGUAGACAUAUUUCUAAUGUACACACACAGGGCUUCUUCACAGCGAGCUGGGUUUUUCAGACAGUAAUAUUCCUCCAGUGAUCCGUUGCCUGUAGGUUUAAACCACAGGCAGUGUAACCUAACAGAGCAAAUACAUUUAAUAUGAUCCUGAAGUGUCUGUGUGGAGCAUUAGCAGAGCAGUAUUAUUUUCUGUACAUUUACAAUUUAUUUGCGUUUCAUUUGACUGUAACUGUUACAAAUCAAACAGUAUUUACACCCCACCCACAUGGUGACAUGAAAGAUCCAGUUCAUUUUUUACCUGUUUUUACAUUUCUGAACUCCUUCAAGUCAGUUUGUAACUACAAGGCUUAAUGUAAACUUUGAAUUUCCUUUUAAAUCUGCGUAGAAAAAUCCUUAAGUGUAGACAACAUGAACGUAUAGGACAUAAUCUUAAAUCCUAAAAUACAAAACUGGUGUCUGAAAGGCGUUUUGAUACGUAGCUAGAAGUCUUUUGUCCUGCAUACGCUGUUUAAGUGACAGUGAAAAAAGCUUUCUAAAAUUGAGUGUAAAUCAGCGACGUCAAUUCAAUUCAGCAUUCCAUUAACAAACUGAUUGGACGUUUGAGGUUGAGUUUCCUUUUACUUUAAGAGUUUUAUUCCUCUGCUUUUAAUUUGACAUUUUGCUCAGCAGUGAGAAUGUCGUUCUCAGUACAGCGUAAGGAUUUACACUGUAAUUGUCAUGUGUCAAAUUGGCUUUAGUUGGUGUGCAAAUGCCAGUGAAGUCGUCUGUAAAGGUAAAAGUUGUAGUUUAAUCUUAAACGCUCUUUUUUUCACCCACAAAAUCAUCACAGAAUUUGAUGCAUAAAGUAAAAUAGCUUCAUUGAACAUGCACUGGAAUACCACAGCUUACCUUUGCAAAAUCAGUCAACUCAGACGUACUGUCCUCGCUGGGCACCAUUUCCAAUGCAUGCAUUUUUGAUAUACUGUGUGUAUUUAAUGACAUUUGUGUAUUUUGUAAUUUGGAUUUUUCAGAUGUGAUAAAAUUGUGUAAGGUGAAAGAUAGACACCGCUUAGGAUAUUUUUGUAUUAUAAAGUCUAGAAGUACUCGUUCAGAAAGAACAGCAUUUUGAAAACAGUGUCUUGUUGUGAACUAAUUGGACAGCUCGCUGCUGUGAUAGAAACCUGGUGGAACAAGCAACAACCCGAAGCCUGUGAUAGGACCAAUGAAAAGCUGCGACAGGAAAAUCUCCUCAUGUUAAAAGCAGGCUGUAUACCAUGACUGGACACUUUCAACCAGGCCAAAACAUUUUCCAUAAAAAUGAACAUAAUGCAGGACCAUGUGCCAUUAUUCCAUUUUCCACUCACACUUACACAUGCUAAGGGUUUUGCUUGUUCUCAGAUAUUUAGACAUUAGUGUUUGAAAGAUUUAUUUACACUAUUUUGCAGGUUCAAAGUGAAUGUAUUUUAGUGAUAAAUAUUUCUUUUUAUUUGAUUUUGAUUUCUCUUGUUGAAUGAACAUUUGGCAUUUACCAGGAUGCAUUUUGUAUACAGUAUUCUUGCCCAUCGCUGUGUAUCGUUCUUGCAUCUGCCAUGAAAGAUAACAAUGCAGUUGUUGCUAUUUUGGAUACCUUUCCAUGCCUUUGACAAUAACUUUUCUAAUGCUGCACUGUAUGUUCUACCUGAAGCACCAUGUAUUGACAGCCUUCUUUUAAGAAUCGAGUGUCAUUUGGACUCACGUCAUCAUGUGUGAAAGAAAUUUAUUAAAAGAUGCUACUCAAUAUUUUGUCUUGAAUCAAAAAGAACUGAAGCCUAAUUAAUAUUGUAAAUUGACAGUGCCUUGGCCAGGUUUUUCAUCCAAUCUUGCUGCUUCAAGUCUUCCUUUCACCAAUGAAUAAAAAUCAAAUUA